AUGCCCGGUCCGGUGACUUAUAGUUCCUCUCUUCUGGUGGAUUUCUCCUCCCCCGUCCGCAUCGUUCCAAUAAAAUUCGUCGUAAAUAGAAUCGAAUCCAAAUUGAAUUGGAAUGCGAUUUUAAGACCUUUCUCUUUGCAGGUUUGGCUGGCAAUUUUGACCACAAUCGUUUCGGCAGGAUUCUUUGUGACAAAAAUAAUUAAUUACAACUUGAAAAGAGACGGAAUUAGAGAACAUUGGACUUUCCAAAAGACGUUUUGGUUUCUUUUCGUGGUGCUGAACAGACAAGCGGUUAAUAUGAAUCCUAUACGUCGAUUUCCGUCGAGAUUAUCCGUGGGAAUUUGGUUACUUUCGACGUUGAUUAUGGUGUCUAGUUACAGCGGGAUUUUGAUGUCGUACUUGACCGCUCCGUCUAGCCAAUCCGUUCCCACCACGUUCUUGGAAUUGGCCGAAUUGGUGAAGAGAGGAAUUUAUUCUUGCGGAAUAUCUGCCGACGACACCAUGUAUAAAAUGCUAAAUGAAUCAGGAUUCGAAUUCACGAAGAUCUUAUUAGAAGACGUUACUUCAAAAGAUAACGUCGUGGACAAUCCUACAAAAGUAGUGGCAAAGCUGCAAAAAGGACACUUCGCCUACAUCACUACCGUACUUUAUUAUAAAGGAGUCAUUCAGCCCGAAAAAGGACACUGGGUGACUUCCGUCGAUUCUCUGGCAGAAAUUCCCGUUUCGUACGGAAUUAAUAAGAGAUUCCCUUACAGAAAAUAUAUUGACAGAACAAUUUCGACUCUGGCCGCCGGCGGAUUGCUGCAGUCAAGAAAAAAAAGAAUUGCCGAUUCGGUCGAAGAGAAAACUAAAGAAAUUCGACCUUUGACGGUGGAGAAUUUUCUAGCCGCUUUUCUUUUGUUGGGAAUCGGAUACGCUGUAUCUAUUAUCGCUUUGAUUUUGGAGUUAAUAAUUCGCAGACAGUGGCCAGUCCGUAACUCCGUUUCGACAAUCUCUUCUUAA